CUCAAUUCUUUGGUAGCUCUUCUCACCAACCGCACCAUGAAUAAUGGCUCUAUUAUCAUUGUCGGCGCAGGAGUCAUCGGACUCAGCUGCGCCAUCCGUCUCGCUCAGAGCGGCCACCGCGUCACCAUCAUCUCCAGAGAGCUCCCCGGCGACUUCCACAUCGACUAUGCCUCCCCAUGGGCCGGCGCACAUUUCCGACCUCUCCCCAGCAUCAAGCCCGAGGACCGUCUCGAGGAGACGCUGAUGCGAGAAACCUACCAAGAGCUUCGGCGGUUGUCGGAAAUCCAUCCCGAGGCUAGCGUACGGUUUGUCCCUGGCGUGGAAUACUUCGACGUGGCGGGCCCGGCCUACUUCGACCCGAAGCUCACCCAGGAAAACGGCUACGCCUCGUGGCCCGGCUUCCGCAUUCUCGACCCCCGAGAAUUUCCUGAGGGUCAUGGUUCGGUCAAGCUUGGGGUGACGUAUACCGCCUGGGUGUUAAACUCGCCCGUGUAUUUACGAUGGUUGGAACGGCAAGCUGAAAAUCUCGGUGUCCAGUUCAUUCGUCGGGACCUGGCAGCGCUUGAAGAGGCAGUCUUCGUGUAUCGGGAACAGGAUCGCGAGGACACGGGUAUUCUUGCGGUGGUCAACGCUAGUGGGCUUGGCUUCAAUGAUCCGCAGUCGUACCCCUCUCGAGGACAGUUCAUCGCGGUUGCCAACCACUAUGACAAGACUGUGAGCCAUCAUUGGUCUGAUGGAUCGACGACCGUCAUUAUCCCUAGGCCUUGUGGCGGGGGCACGAUUAUAGGUGGGACGAAGGAGCCGAACAAUUGGUCGCAUUCCAUCUCCAAUACCGCGACAACUUCCAUUCUUUCAAGAGCUGCAGCACUUUGCCCGGAAUUACUGGAGGGUCAAGAGGACCGCACUAGCCCAACGCUUGGAUUCGAUGUUCGCGAGGUGUAUAUUGCUCGACGUCCGAUGCGGCAUGGUGGACUGCGAUUAGAGAAAGAUCGUCUUGUCUUCCAGGAGACAGCUGAGGAUGGUAUGAAGAACGAACAGAAGUCUGUUCCAAUGGCUCAUUGCUAUGGAGCCGGUCCAAGCGGGUACAAGUUGAGCUGGGGUAUUGCGAAUCGAGUAGAUGGCAUGGUUAAGUCGUGCAUCGAGGAGAGCCAAGCUUGAGAUUUCCGCAACAUAACCUUUUUCGAUAUCAGGGUAACUGAUGCCUGAAUUCACCUGCAUGAUGUGAGACUCCAGUUUCGGCUCGUUGACAUGAAUUACAGUAGGAUCAAUCAAAUGGGCAAUUUGACCCUCAAGGUCGUGAAGAUAGUGAAGAGGAACAUGGGGGACAAGCAGAGCACAUUUGUAUUUAUUUGAGAGCGAGGUAUCCUGGUUUUGUCUCUAUCGAUGAGAUAUUCAAGACGAG